AUGGUGUUGCAGCCUUUAAUAUUGGCUAUUCACCGGGCUCUCAAUCUUCCUGUAGAGCAUGGAAACUCCACUACCUAUAGAAAGCUUGGAGCUGAGAGAUUAAAGAAGCUAAGACAAUCCUGGAAAUAUAUCAACACCAUAAUAAUAGAUGAGAUAAGUAUGGUCUCAUACUUAACAAUAUCCUUCAUUGGCAAGUGGCUAACUGAAAUUAAAGGAACCGAUGACACUGAAGUUCUCUUUGGAAGACUGAAUGUCAUUGCAGUAGGUGUCUUCUUUCAGUUGCCACCAGUGAGGGAUAAAUUUGUAUUUCAAGAUGGCAGAGGCUGUAAUCCAGGCUCAACACACUUGUGGAGGGAUGAGUUCAAAGUAAUAGAACUAACUCAGAAUAUGAGACAAAGACAAGACACAGAAUAUUCAGAAAUUCUCAACCGUGUGAGAAUUGGUUCUCAGACAAAGUCUAACAUAAGUGUACUCCGAUCGAGUUUGACAAGUGGUAUCAGGGAUCCCAUUGAUGUCAGUCAACCUCCAUUUGUUGAUGCAUUAUGCCUAUUGCCUUUAAAAGAACAAGUAGAAGAUUAUAAUGACAGUAGAUUGAAAGAUUUAUCACACUUUACUAAAAUAUAUGAUUUUGAUGCAGAGCAUUCAAUAGUAGAGUCAACAACACUAAUCCCUGGUGUAGUAUCACACGAAGAAGUCCCAGAUUCGCUCAUACCUUCCAGUGAUAAAGAAUGUGCUGGCUCAUCACGUAAAGUGAAGUUAGCUAUUGGAGCACAGGUUAUGUUACGAUGUCUUGUGAGCCGUGUCACAAUUGAUGAUUCAUUAGAACAAGAAGCUGUCCCAAUAGAACCAGUCGCAGCCAAGUUCUAUGGCAAGCAAGGAGUAACAUUACGGCGUACACAGUUGCCACUACUAUCUUGGUGGGCAGCUACUAUACAUAAGGUUCAGGGUCUAUCCCUUGAUGCUGCUGUAAUCGAUCUAGGUCCUAAAAUGUUUGAAGAUGGAAUAGCAUACAUUGCCUUAAGUAGAAUCUUUGAAGCUAAGAUAUGGUGUCAACAAAUUGACAAUCUUGUAACAAAAGUGUGGACUUACCUGUUGAUCGUAGCAAAAGAUUUUCAACUGUCCCUUUGUGGUCAUUGCAUUAUGUGCAUUGCAGUUGUGUGA